GGUCGCAAGAUGGCGGCGCUGAGGGAGAAUCGGAGCUACGGGCUGUCGUGCGGGCGGGUGAGCGACGGUAGCAAGGUGUCCGUGUUUCACGUGAAGCUCACCGACAGUGCCCUGAGGGCCUUCGAAAACUACCGUGCCAGCCAGGAUUCUGUUUCACUGAGACCAUCAAUUCGAUUUCAAGGAAGCCAAGGGCACAUCUCCAUCCCCCAGCCUGACUGCCCCUCAGAGGCUCGGACCUUCUCCUUCUACCUCUCCAACAUUGGCCGUGACAGCCCCCAGGGCAGCUUCGACUGCAUCCAGCAGUACGUCUCCAGCCAUGGGGACGUACACCUGGACUGCUUGGGUAGCAUCCAAGACAAAAUCACAGUGUGUGCCACCGAUGACUCCUACCAGAAGGCGCGGCAGAGCAUGGCACAGGCCGAGGAGGAGACGCGGAGCCGGGGUGCCAUCGUCAUCAAGGCCGGAGGCCGCUACCUAGGCAAGAAGGUUCAGUUUAGGAAACCAGCCCCAGGGGCGACAGAUGCCGUGCCCUCCCGGAAGCGGGCAACCCCCAUCAACCUGGCAAGUGCCAUCAAGAAGAGUGGUGUUAGCGGGGGUGGUGGGGUGUCUCAGAGGCCUUUCCGUGACCGGGUGCUGCAUCUUCUGGCACUGAGGCCCUACCGGAAGGCAGAACUGCUGCUGCGGCUACAGAAGGAUGGCCUGGCCCAGGCAGACAAGGACACGCUGGACAGCCUCCUCCAGCAGGUGGCCAACGUGAAUGCCAAGGACGGCACGUGCACACUGAAGGACUGUGUGUACAAGGAUGUGCAGAAGGAUUGGCCCGGCUACUCAGAGGGGGACCAGCAGCUACUGAAGCGCAUGCUUGUCAGGAAGCUGUGCCAGCCGCAGAGUGCAGGCGGCCUUCCCGGAGACUCUGCAGCCACCAGCCCUCCAAGAGAGCACGGGAGCUCGGUCUCACCCCCGCAGAAACGGCCCCAGCCUUCUGAUUUUAUCGACCCGCUGGCCAACAAGAAACCAAGGAUAUCGCACUUCGCCCAGAGAGCUCAGCCGGCCCUCAAUGGGAAGUUAAGUGCACCCCACGCCCGGGAGGCCCUGCUGCCCACCCCGGGCCCACUGACUGGCACAGAUGCCCACCUACCUCCACGGCUGGAUCCUCCGAGGGCACACGACCCUCUGGCUGAUGUCAGCAAUGACUUGGGCCACAGUGGCCGGGACUGUGAUCGUGGGGAAGUGGCCACCUCAGCCCCCACUGCGUGCCUCAGCCUGCCCCUGCUGAAGGACUGUGCCCAGCCCAGCAGACCCCACGGCAGCUCGUCUCGUGGCAAGUCCAAGAAGAAGUACAAGAAGCACAAGGACAAGGAGAGAGCCUCUGGGGACAGGCCCCGGGCCGGGCCACCAGACCUCGUGCCUGACUCCCUUGGAGCCCCGCCAGUUGCCCCAGGUUUAAAUGGGACCUGCAACAGCUCAAGCGUCCCCACAUCAACCUCGGAGACGCCUGACUACUUGCUAAAAUAUGCCACCAUCUCCUCCUCGGAGCAGCGUCAGAGCUAUAAGAACGACUUCAAUGCUGAGUACAGUGAGUACCGAGACCUGCACGCCCGCAUCGAGCAGAUCACGCGGCGCUUCACGCAGUUGGAUGCCCAGCUCCGGCAGCUCUCCCAGGGCUCCGAAGAGUACGAGACUACUCGUGGGCAGAUUUUGCAGGAAUAUCGCAAAAUCAAAAAGACCAACACCAACUACAGCCAGGAGAAGCACCGUUGUGAGUACCUGCACAGCAAGCUGGCCCACAUCAAGAGGCUCAUUGCCGAGUAUGACCAGCGGCAGCUGCAGGCUUGGCCCUAGCCCCAGGCCACAGGACAGGAGCUCCCCCUCCCUGGAUCAGGGGAGCCGGGGCAGCGGGGCGGGGGGAGCUGAAAAGGGGGGGGAAUUUA